AAGAACCCUAAAUUUCGUUGGCUAUGGCGGAGGAGGAAGAAGGCGCGGGCUUCCACCUAGGGCAGCGCGUCCGGAGCGCGAGAGAGGCGCAGCAGCUCGGCACGGUGAGGUAUGUCGGGCCAGUGGAGGGCUACCACGGGGUCUGGAUUGGAGUGGAUUGGGACAGCGGACAAUCUCGCCACGACGGCUCCGUCAAUGGCGUUCGCUACUUCACCGCCAGCGGCGAGAAGUCGGGAUCGCUCGUGAGGCCUUCGAAUCUCAGCGCUGGGUGGAGUUUGCUCGAAGCUCUUGUCUCUAGGUACAAGAUCAGCAUGAGCAAAGACGAUGCAGAGGAUAUGUAUCUCAUGUCUGUGAGGCAGAGAAAAGUUGCUGUGGAGCUCGUUGGGCAGAGCAAAGUGGAGGAGAAGCAAAAGAAACUCAACGAGCUCCGCGCCGCAUCUCUAGUCUUUGCCGGUGUUUCGUCACUCGGACCACCUGGAGAGAUAUCUUCUUCUGCUCCAAAUAUUGAAGAACUCGACCUGACGGGGAAUCUGAUCUCCGACUGGAACUUUGUCACUUGUCUCUGCGAGGAGCUGCCGCGUUUGAGAGCCGUAGACCUCAGCUAUAAUCGAAUUGAUAUCCGGCCAGAGAUGCCACGGCCUCCUCUUAAUUUGAGGACUGUUGUGCUGAAUUACUGCUCUCUCUCUUGGGAACAGGUUGACAUGCUGAGCAAGUCGCUGCCGUUUGUGGAGGAGCUCCAUCUUCGACAUAACAAUAUCCGUCUCUUACAGACUUCUGGCGAAGCAGUUGAGGGAUUUGAGGAGCUCCGGGUUCUCAACCUUGAAGGCAACAGCCUUGAAAGUUGGGACGAAAUGAUGAAGCUAUCAAGCCUCAGAAGCUUGAAGACUCUAAACGUCUCUGGAAAUGCGAUCACCAAAGUUUCCUAUCCGGAAAACAUAAAAGACCAGUGGCCUUUCUUGCAACUAUCAUGUCUUCUUCUAGGAAAGAAUCAAUUGGCAGACUGGGAGUCUGUGGAUGCUCUUGACAAGUUUCCCAAUCUCACGGAAGUAAGGCUGAGCGAGAAUCCAAUAGCAGAUACAAGCAAAGGUGGUGCACCAAGAUACGUUUUAGUAGCCCGGCUCAGCAAAAUAACUGUUCUCAACGGGAGUGAAGUCAAACCACGGGAAAGGAAAGACUCGGAGAUCAGAUAUGUCCGUCACGUUCUCAAUACUAUGACGCCAGGCGAAGACAUCAGAAGAUCUCAUCCAAGGUUCGAGCAGUUGAAGAAACAGUAUGAUAUUUCAGAAGAAUCGGUGCCACAAGCUGGGUCACAAUCAUCUCAAAAUAUGGCGGCUAGCCUCAUAACAAUUACGAUCAAAUGCGUUGCUGCCAGCCUAGGAGAAAUCGCACCAGUGACUAGAAAGCUUCCUGGUUCGAUGACGGUCGGUAAGCUGAAGCUGCUUUGCGAGGCUUUGUUCAAGCUGAAAGCAACAAAGCAACGUCUUUUUUUGGAGGAAAAGGAGAGCCCGCUGCCGCUUCCUCUCGAUGACGACCUGGAGAGCCUCGGAAACAUUGGAUUUGGACAACAGGGUGUUAUUCUAAUGGAAGAAUGUUGAAUGCGAUGUGCCGUGUUGGUGAGUGCAACUAAAUUUUCAGCACAUCGUCAUCAUCCUCGGCAUCGCAUUGGUGUUGUUACUGUAAACAAAAGGAUGACUCUCCGUGUGCAACGAUGCUCGUGCUCUUUUUUUACAAUUUUUUCUUUUCUUUCCGUGCCACAGAUUUGUGUCCCUCCUCAUUAUUUACAUGAUCCGCAAGAACCGGAAGCAUAUCCCGAUGACCAGUUGCGCUGGAGGAAGUAAAGUUCCGAGUUCAUUGGAUUUCUACUCCAGCACAAAUUUUCUUUCUCCAUGGAAGCAGCGAGUGAAGUCUAGAGCAACAUGUCUAGAGAUCUCCGCGAUAGUCACGCUCCACCCUGUGGAGACAAUCAAGACUCUUGCGUCGAUUCGCCAAUGCCGUACUUGGUGGCGGCACUGGGAGCCAUGCUGCUGCUCGUGGUCCUCACACAGACACUGCGGCUUAUUUCGUAUCUCCGGACCUCCCAGAAUCUUAGAGCCGCCGCUAGUGCCCAGCAGCAUCUCCAGCUCCGGCCAGCCGCGGGAGAUGACCACCAACAGGUCGAGAGCAAGUUGACACCAGGCCAGUGCCGUGAAAUCGUUGUCAUCAUGGCUGGUGACGAAGCUCCCACUUUCCUCGCAGAGCCAACGAGAGUGGAAACUCCUACUCGGUAGUUCUUAACACUGGAUCCUGUUCUUGACAACCAAAAUCACGAAAGUUCCUCGUCCAAGAGGUACUUUUUGUCUUUCCAUUGAUUUCUCUUGUGCUAUUGUUAACAACAAUUACGCUCUUGUUUUGGAGGAUAAUCUGCCGACCAGAAUAGUUUAAGAGCAAACAAGGCUGUGGCAGAUGUUGGCAAGUUCUUGAGUGUCUUGGAGCUAGAAUAGCCGGCCGAGAUUUUCUU